AUGCCAUAUUUCCUUGAACAUGUGGAGGCGAUAAAAAAAUACACAGGGAAUAAUUUUCCAAGACAUAUAGUUAAUUUACUAAAAUAUUAUAGAAAGCCAUAUAAAUUUAUUGAAAAAAAUAGUAACUUUCGAUUGUUAACUUUGUUAAGUGAGAAAAUAAAAGGAAUUAAGGAUGGUGUUCUUUUUGAUAUGGAAACUGAAAGAGUUGAGGAUAAGGGAGAUGGCGAAGAAAAGAUAAAUCGGGGAAAUGUUAAAGAAGGGAUAAGUAUAAAUAAAACUAGCGAUUUGACAGAAUCGAAGAUUGAUAGUUUACCCAAUAAUAUUGUUGAAAUAAGUAAAAAUAAAGUAGAAAAGGGAAAGGGAAAAGCAAAAAGAAAAGCGAAAGGAAAAGAAAAAAUUGAAGUUGAUCAGCAAUUAUUUCAUGAGCACAAAAAAGAUCCUAGUAUAGAGUUGGUUCAAGAGAACUUGGAAAUUGGCAAAAAUUCUGAGACUGCUCAAUUAAAUAAAAUUAAUGAAUCGAAUAUUCUAAGUUUACCUAAGGAAGAGGAAUGGCAGGAAAUUAAAAGUAAAAAGAAUAAAAAAGGAAAAAACCAAAAUAAUAAAGUAAUUUCUGAGGAAAAAAUAGAGGAGUUAAUAAGAAGUUCGAAAGAUUCCGUUGUAACAAAUUAUUCCACUUCAGUAGAUGAUAAUGAACUGAGAAAUAUAAUUAAUCCAGAAUUUGAAAGAACAAAAUCAGCGUCAGAUGAUGAAAGAGUUUGA